AUGUCGAUGGCAAUUUUCGCUAUUCACUUCGUCUAUAGAUAUCUUUUUUUUCAGAAGUCGAUUUCUCCAGAAAAGACAUUUCGAAAAACUUCGAAUUUCCUCCGUUCCAACCCAUUUGCUGACAGUAUUUUGAGAGAAGAAUACCUGAAACAACGUCAUUUAGAUCUUAGUGAAAUCAAUUAUGUGGGUCCAUUAUUCCAUUAUCCAACAGGAAAUGAAACAUAUCGUUUGAAUUGGGAUGCAGUUGUUCCAAUUGCAUUCAUGACUAUUCUUAUCGGGCUCAGCGUCUCCACUGUAUUCUAUUGUGGAUAUUGUAUUUAUAAUUAA